AGAGCUCAGUCUCGUUCUAAUCCCAGACCCGCCAAGAUUGUUAAUUGCCAGAGCAUGGAGAUCGCCGGAUUGACUCGCGUCGGUGCCACGAUGCAGGCGUUCCUCGCCGCCAGCCUGCUCAUCCUGAUGACCGCCAUCUACCGAGAAGACAACGACUCUGGCUCACACUACAUUCACCCCCGACACAGCAUGCAGUUUGGUUAGCCCGUCGGUGUCAUAGAAGCCCAAUAACCCAUAUAACUGGUUGCCAUUAACAGCCGAUGAGCAGGCCGGUCCGUAAAAGUACCCUCAAGUCAUUCCCUCCAUAAAAUAAGUUAGCUGUAAUUGUAACUAAUAAAUUUGUAGUAUUGAAA